GCAAGACACUUGUCGCCUCAAUUAAUUAAAAUGAAACACUUUUAAUUUGGCUUCCAUCUACGCUGAGCAACAAAUGUUUUCCGGCAAGCGUACCUACCGCCUAGAUUUGUGCCGGUUCCUAGUGACAAAAAAAUACAAUCUAAUAAUAAACCGGUACUUGUAAAAUGUAACGGGGUUCUUAUCUGAAUUAGAAUACGGAAGUCUACCUAAAUUUAAUUUGUUACUCUUCACAACAACGUAAGUAAUGCAUUGUAAUUCACUUUUGCCAUUUGCCCCGUAUAAAAAUUAGGCAACAUGUUCAGCUUCUUCAAAAGGGCCAAAAAGGAUGUUGACAGCAAUGGCAUAAAUGAAAGCAAGAAAAAGAGCGAAAAGGGAAGUAAAACAAACACUUCUCUAACGAAUGCACCUUCAGAAAUGUGUAAAAAUAAAGUAACACAAUCGGCUGUAAUUAAAGGUGGGAAUAUUAACGUCAUACCCUGCGUAGCGACGGAAUUUGGGUUACGCGAAAAUAACGAGGACACAUCAGUAGUGAAUAGUGACGAAGUGACCGCGAAAAUUAUUCCUGAAAAAAACGAAAAAAUCGAUACAAAGACUGAUUUAUCCGAUCAACCGGUGAUUAAUAUGGAUGUGAGCCAAAAUCUCUCUAAUGGAACGUUACAUCAAAUACCGUCUCAAAUUACGUCAUACGCAAAUGUGGUUAAAAGUGAGCAACGCCGAUGCAGUGUUAAGCCCUGCGGACACGGCACCCUGGCGAUUGCACCAAAAAUUCCCGUCAAACGUGAUAUCGUGGGCGAAACACCGCCAAGUAGCCCAGAUCUGGAAGCGACUGCGAGACAUAAAUAUCGCCGUGUCCAUUCAUACGAACAUUCACCAUUAAAACCAGAUCCUUCAAUUGAGAACUUAAAGGUUUCAUUAACAGAUCAUCCCAUUAACAAAGACGAAAAAACCAAAAUUAAGCUAACCACGAAUUUAUCGCAUCCGCCGUCAAAAAUAUCUUCAAAUAAAGAGAGCAGUGUUUUGGUAAAUGGACAUCAAGACGAUGCCGCUAAGAAAAAUUUGAUAAAUCAAGAGGCGAAAUUUCAAAGUCAACUGAAUGAUUUGUCCAAGCAACUAUCCAUACGAGAUGCGGAAGCGAACAAGCUACGUUUUCAGAUGGAAGAAUUGCAGAGGGACGUAUUUGCUAAAUCGGCCGGAAUGGAUCGUCUCCAAACUGAACUUCAAGCUGCCUUAAAGGAAUCUGAGAACUUUCGCCAAAGACUGAAACACGUUGAAGAUGAUCUUGAAAGUUCAACGCAAAAGAAUUGUGAUUUAUCUAGCGAAUUGACCCAAAAAACUGAGAGAUUUCAAACUUUCCAAAGCAACGCGAAUACCAAAAUUACCGAACUACAGUACACAAUUAGAGGUCUUAGAGCAAAAAUAGAAUCUCUAGAAAUACAGUUAGAAGUAUUAGAAAAGGAGAAAGAAAAUCUGGAGAAGCAAAAGAUGGCCCUCAUGCAACAGCGGGAAGAAGACAAAAAAACUCUGGAUGCGGCGUUAGAAAAGUCAAUUCAGGAUAAAACUGCAAUUGAAGAAAAAUGGAAACUCGAUUUUGAAAAAUUGCGAACAGUGGGUAUAGUAAAAGAACAAGAACUCUUAGAUGAUUUUGAAUGGAAAUUAAGAGAAAUAGAGCAGUCCUGUAAGAAGAGAUUACAAGAAAAAGACAAGAAGAUCGAGGAACAACUAAAAGAAGUGUUCAAAGACGCGAACAAAAAAGUGGAACAAGCGGAACAGUUAAUGAAAGAGGUGGAAAAUUUGAAAUCUUACGAAUGUGAAGUGAAGCAACUGAGAGGUUUGACCGAAGAACAGCAAAAGUCGCUAGAUGUCGUCUCGCAGCAGCUCCAAGAGAUGAAACACACCGAACAGAAUUUGAAAGACGAAAGUAAAAAAUUGAGGACGAUGGUCGAUCUCGAAAAGGAAAACUUGCAACACAUGCAAAGAAUGCACAACAGAGAAAUUGUUGACAAGGAGAAGGCAUUAAAAGAAAAACUAGCAGAACAAAAGACUGCCAUUGCCAUUUAUUGGGAGGAGAGAUUACUUCAAGAGUGUAGAAGACUGAAAUCAGAGUUAGAUCAAUUACAUUACGAAGAACGAUUUGCGGCAAUUGAGGCGAUGAAAUCCGAACAUGAAUCUGACAUUGAAGAUUUGAAAGAGGGAUACGAAAAGCGAAUUCUUGAAUACGUUCGUGAGGUGAAUUAUUUGAAAACAUCACUUACUGAAAAGGACGAGUAUUAUAAGAAACAAAUUGAAAGAAUCCAAUCAAAUACCGAUCGUGACAUAAUGGAACUUCGGCGAGUGAUGGACAAAAUCGACAUGAGCCACCAUGAACGAUUUGAAAAGUUAGUUCAACAGCACGAAGAAGAAAUAGAUAAAAUUAAUUCUGAGCAUGAAAAGCAAAUGAAAGACGCCGAAAGCAGUUGGCAUAUACAAUUAAGUUCAAUGAGGACUACUAUUGAGUUAGUGAAAGAACAAAUGGAACACGAAUCGCAAGAAAAAAUUCAAAGCCUGAUCGACCAACACCGAGCAGAAUUGGAUGCCCAAUGGGAGAAUUUAAUUCGUCAAAAAAAUGAAGCCAUAAUACUAGUCGAAGAGGAAUACGUAACUAAGCUAAAAACUUUAGAAGAUCAAUUUUACACCCAACAAAAGUCCCAUCAGUCCCGCGAGGUAGAAUUACUCAAGGCGAUUGAUUCGCUUAAGAACGAAAUUAUCAGCAAAAAUUCUGCCAUUGAAGACUUACAAAGCAACGUUGAUACUUUGGAGGGUGGAAUUCAAGUUUUACGUCAGGAAAUGGCAUAUAAUGGAGAAACUGCCAAUAAGAUUAAAAUGGAAGCAGAUUAUAAAAUCAGAGGACUGCACGAAGAAAUCACAAAGUUGCAAAAUAAACACACACAAGAACUAGAAGAACAGAAAGCUACAUUUCAGAAUACAGAAAAGGAUCUGAAGGCAAAGAUUGAUCAUUUGGAACGGAAAUGCCAAUGCGUUACUAAACUAUUUGAAGAGAUAAGAUCAAGAUAUGAAAGAAGAGAAUCCAGACAAGAAGAUUUGAAUGUAAUGUCCGAUCUACGGCAAGUAAUAGCGGAGCAGGAAAAAGACUUGGCGUGCUUGACCGAAGAGAAACGCUACUUUCAAAUGAAAUUAAUGACGUUGGAGCAAAUUUUAAGUACCUCGAACAUCGGCAAUGUACCUGGACAGUUAUGCAGUUCGAUUAGCAAUCAAAUUAGUGUUCCGGCAACUAUUCCCGAAUGUGAAGAUGAUUUUGAAGACGCCGUUGCUUAAUUCUCAAACGAAAACUAGACAGAAUUCGAAAACCUUGUUACAAUCAAACGAAUCAGAAUGGAUCAGGACGUAUAAAGGCUUAGAGCUUCAUUUUGCAUAACCAACUUUGUGAUUAUUUUGUAAUAUGGAAACCACAAGUUACGUAG